CUUUGACUGUGGCUGUGAUCAGCAGCCCCCAAAACUCAGUGGUUUCCAGAUUCAGCCAGUUUAGGCUUGACUUGAGUCCUCGUGCUGCAAUUCCUCCCGUCUUUUGCCGCUAUCUCAGGCACCGUGCCUCGACCUGCGCCUAAUUAUUUGUGACCUGUAUCGACCACCCCUCGGCAACAUGACGACAGCCACUGCUCGGCUCUGUCUUGCUCCAGUGCAUCUGGAGGCUUCUGCGAAAGAGCAUUCUGCCCCACGCUUUCAGAUAAUUUCAAGCAUUGGCUCGUUGAAGCGCUUUGAAGGCCUGCGAUGCCACGGCGCGACCGCUAGGGCCCAGCCUGCACGGGUCACGGUAGUGCAGAGGCGGCUAAAAGGGACGGUCUCGGCCACUGCCACGUCAGCAGAUGCGCCUGCAGCGGUGUCGUCUUCAUUUAUUGGAGUUAAGACCGAAGAAGAGAUGAUGGACGCCAUCACGAAGGAGGCCGCCAGAUUCCGACUGCCUGAGCGUGUUGUGCUGGGCAUGCGCGACUUUUAUCACUCCUACGCCAACGCGGUUGCUUCGAGCGGAAUCGAGAAUGCGGAGCAGCUGUCUCUGCAGAUCAUGUCGACCGUCUUUGACGUCAUCAUGGGCCAGAUAAUGAAACCCCACGCCUUUGAGUCACACCAUCUUGCGGUCAGGGAGCCCUUCGACUACUACGCCUUUGGCCAGAACUACGUGCGACCGCUCAUCAACUACUCGAAGUCUUUCAUUGGCAAUGUGAAGAUCUUUGACGAGAUUCAAGCCAACCUCGAUGCUGGCCACAACGUCAUUCUGAUGACCAACCACCAGACAGAGGCGGACCCUGGUGUCAUCGCGCUCAUGCUGGAAAGCAGCCACCCGCGCCUGGCCACCAGCAUUACCUACGUGGCUGGCGAUCGUGUGGUGUUUGAUCCGUUCUGCAUGCCAUUCAGCCUCGGCAGGAACCUCCUGUGCGUGCAUUCCAAGAAGCAUCUGAACGACGAGCCUGAGCUGGCAGAGCAGAAGAGGGCGGAGAACCGCAGAACGCUCAAGGUGAUGGGGAAGCUGUUCAAGGAAGGCGGCAACUUCGUGUGGAUCGCCCCUAGUGGCGGCCGCGACCGCAUCAGCCCGGACUCCAACUACGUGCCUCCGGCUGCCUUUGACUCGUCUGCAGUGGGCCUCAUGCGUCGACUCACAUCAGAGUCGGGAGUGCCCAGCCACCUGCACCCUACCGCCCUCUACUCAUAUGACAUCAUGCCACCACCACGCACUCUGGAGAAGGAGCUGGGUGAGAAGCGAGUGAUCGGCUUCCAUGGUGUGGCAUUCAGCGUGGGCGAGGAGAUUGACUUUGAUGCCGUGACUGCUGGCAUUGAGGACAGGCGGGAGGCUCAGGAGAAGUACAGUGAUGCUCUGUUCGCAUCCGUAGUGGAGCAAUACGACCUGCUGGUGCAGGCAGUGCAGGAGAAAGGGCUGGAUGCAUCAACAGAUAAGGUGAAGCUAGAGCAGACAUGGCUGUAGCAGACCAGGCUGUAGCCUGGAUGCAUCCACAGAAGGCCCAGUGCUUGCAGCAUGCACUCCUGGUUGCAGGUAGCUCGGUGACCUUGUCAUGUCAUCCCGUGGCAUAUGCAUGCCAGAGAAAGGGCUGGAUGCAUCAACUCACAUGGACAGUGAGGGUGAUGCUGGAACAGACAUGGCUGUAGAAGACACCGCUGUAGCAGACAUGGGCUGCUGUAGUUGGGGUGAGGGAGAUGGACCACUGCACUGCAGCCUGCACUACAUGACCUUUCAAAAUCUCUUUGUGUUUAUAUAUAUGUAGGGGACAUCGGGAUCCAUAGAAGCUCUUUGUUUCUCCCACUAUGUCUGCAAGUAUAAUACGGUUUUGCCUCAGGAAAUGGCCAUACUGGUAUUUGUGGCCGGUUAUAUAUCUGAUUAUUGCUUGAAGAGCA